CUUCGCACAACACGCGUUUCCCUCGCGUCCUUCUCGCUCCCCCUAUCGCGUUCUUUCCGUCUCUCGUAGGUCCUAAUUCCCCCCUGGCGUCGCCCCUUAAAACCAGCCCUCCGUCUGGCCGUAUAGUGCGGCAAAAUGCUGAAACCUAACCCAUCUAUCGGAUGUCCGUGUUCAUUCUCAACGCGGACGCCAUGCGGUGCGUAGCACGGAGGUUUGAUCAGAAACGAGAGCUGCUAUACGCCGGGAAUAGCUGCGUGAAAAAGUGACCGAUGACGGAUACCGGGAAGAUCACGUCGGUUACGGUGUCGAGGAAACUUCGUUAACCAACAGGAAUUCGGAUCCAGUUAUCGAGUGACUAUCCUUUCGAUCGAAUCGAUAGGAUCCAACCAACGUUUGAAACGAGAAACGAAAAAAAAUGUGACUCGCGAGUGUGUUUCGAGUACGUGAGAGUGAAUUCUGUACUUGUUUCUGUACACGAUCGGUCUAUGGAUAUUUUCUAUGGAUUUAUUGAUUUUUGAGUGAAAGAACGGGGAAUUUAUAAAAUUUCGUCAUAAUUAUCGACCGGGUUAAAUUGCUUUCGUUAGAUCGAUAUUGGCUACGGCGCGUGUUCAAAAUAUCCCUCUCGUUCUUUCUCUAUCUUUUUUCCUCUUAUACGCUACACCAUCUAUCUUCGUCGCGAGAUAUCGAAGGUGGCAACGUUUCGUCCACGUUUCACGCUCAUUUCAUAGCUAAACGCGAUGCGAGCCGCGACGCGAUGGUCCAGUUCGAAACGACGCUACUCUGAUCGGUAGCGAAUGCUGGAUGUGAAGAAUUUGCCGACUGAAUGGAGUUAUAUUUGUGUAAUAGAUCCGAUUUUCGACUAGUUUCAAAGAAUCGUGGCUGCGAGCAUCGUCUCGAGAAGAGUUACCGAUCGAAACAGAUUUUAAUGUUGGAAUUACGCCAAAGAAGAAAGUUCGUAUGGUGCUCCAAAAGUAUUGACGACCAUCGUCGAAAUAUUGAUCUCAAGAUACUCGACCGUUUCAACCGCCGAAACAAUUCGUGCCUUAAAUUUUCAGCAACGAGUGACCUUACUCUUACGAGCGGAGCAGCGAAAAUUGGUUAUAAGUGCCUUAAUAGUCGAAAUAGAUAAAUCGAUUCGUAAUAAGUGUUAAAACAUAAACGAUGGUUAUUCGUAUCGUUAUAAAGAUCGUCAUUAAGAUCGUUUGAAUUCUCUAUUUGAAAUCGUUAAAGUGCUUUCCUUGUAAAUAAGCAUUUAACUGGUGCUAUACAAUUCCUUCAGUUAUAUUGUGAUAAUACGAUUCAAAGAUCUCGAUUCUAAUUGAAACGUCACGCGACGCUCGAACAACGUACAAUUUCAAAUGUUAUCGUUGAACGUAACAAGAGAGAGAAGGGUCGAACGGAAGAGUCGAAUGUUGAUCCUUUUUCGAUAUGCUAUUUUUUUAAAUAUUUUCGUAAAAUAACAAUUUGGAUUCCGAGGAAUAAUUUCCAAGGAGUCGACGACCGUCGUGGAGAAGAAUAGACGGUGACCUCAUGCUUUACUUAAGUCGUUGUGACCGACAACGAGACAAUUGGAUCUUGGUUCGGGUCAUCAGCUUCGUCAUUUGGUAGAAAAAGAACCCGUGGAAUAUCGAAAGCUUCGACAAAGUCGCUCGUUCCUCGCCACGGAUCGUGAUGACAAACGUUUCUUAUUAAAUCGUUUUUUAUGAUAUAUAUAUACAUAUAUAUAUAUAAGCUCUUUUUCGAUCAGAAAGAUAACACGUUAUCUUACACGCCGUUAAUAAAUCGUUGUUAGAAGAAACGAAAAAUUUCGAUAUUUCUUUUUUUUUUUUCUCAUAAAAGAAAUAUAAUUCGUCGUUACUCGAUCGUUUAAAAUUCAACACGAGUUUAACUUUGUGCCGAAAUGAUAUUUUUCUAAAGAACGAGAAGAAACGAGAUAAUUAGUUAGAAUAUAUAAUAUUGUAAUAAAUCGAUAUAACAAAUGAUCGAUGAUACUCGACGUCCCGUUCCUCGCGAGAUAUUCUGACCCAGAUACAAACAUCAAAUCGAACAGUCGUCUAACCGUCUGUCUCUGAUAAUCAUCUUUGUCUUUCAAAGGGAGAGCGAGUUUUAUUUAUAAAGUCUAUCAAUUAGACUCGUCCUCGAAAGGCAUUAGAGUCGAUAAGCUACUCGUCCACUUCGCUAUUCUCACGACACAAACUCGUUCUGCGCAUCGACACAAUCGAAACCUGUUAUUUUUUAAACGAGAAUAUCUCCUCGUAGCGUUGAAAUUUCACGCUGAACGACUUUUGCGCGUUCCUUUCGAGAAAGAAGGACCGAUGAGAACGUUGGAUUUUGCCAACGAUCGUUUCGUUCACACCGCCGUAUUAUCGUUGCGUUCAACGUACCACGUUUCCCUGCUCGGCCGUUAAAACUGAACACCGGAUCACGAUGACUGCCAUGGGUGUUACGGUAUUCUGUAACAGGGUGCAAAUAAACGGGAACGAUCAAGAGCAACUGAUGUUAUUGCGAACACUGCAGGACAACGAGAGCAAUAUAAUCGGGAACCAGUCGCAUCUGAUCGCGCCGAAGAAUAACAACAACAAUAACGCGAACACGAAUUCGGCGACGGUGCUGCCACCUUACGACCCAUCCAGAUUGAAAAAACACGGGAAAAACGGACAACCGCCGCCCGUUGCCGUCGCUCGAAGGAACGCGCGCGAACGGAAUCGAGUGAAACAGGUGAACAAUGGAUUCGCCACAUUGAGACAACACAUUCCGAGCCACAUCGCCGCAGGAUACGGAGACAGGGGCAAGAAAUUGUCGAAAGUAGAAACCUUACGAAUGGCCGUGGAGUACAUUAGGGGACUUCAAAGGUUGCUCGCCGAGGCUGACGGUGUCGAAUACGAUUCGAACUCGGUUGCCGCGACGCAGCGCGUCCCAUCGCCCACCAGUAGCAUCGUUUCGUCCAGUCACAACGGUUCUGGAGAGAGGCUCGCCCUCGAGGAUGACGUCCUCGCCGCCGAAGACGAGGACGGUGAACAAUUGGACGAGGACGAGGAAGUUGGGAAACGAAAAAACACGUGUUCCAAAUUAUCGCCGAAUCGGACCACCGCGGUUCCAUCGCCCCACGAUUACUACGCGUCCUCGAUAGGCGACGAGGAGAAUCUGGAGCCGAGGACGACACUUUCAUCCAACGCGCAAAAUUUCUCCCGGCUCUCGCCUAAUUCGGUAGCGUCCCCACCGUCCGAAUAUUACGGGCAAAACGAGGAGAAUCUCGAGCCCCAAAUUCUGUCGCCGUACAGCGGCGGCGGGGACAGCGAAGAGGGCGCAGCCACCGUUUACGCGGCAAGUCCGGAAACCUUUUCUGGGGCUUUGUAUUAUAAGCAGGAGAUCACCGAAUCCGGUGAAUUCAUGGACGUCGUCAGCUGGUGGGAACAGGAGCAGGGCAGGCUAGUACAUCAGCAACACACGCAACGACUCACGCACGUCUAAUAAAAAGAUUCGUCGCGGAAACUCGGAUACCACGAUUCGUUCACGGUGAUCUCGCGAAACGAAGAGAGUUGUUUCGGGAUGAAAUUUCUCAAGUGGCAGUUUGAGGUUAACGGACAACCAGUACUUACCGCGCAAAGUACUUUCACAGAAGAUGGCACUGCCUUCGGUUUUUUACACUUGCUCCAUGGAUACUACAGGAUAUAAUGAAUAGGAUUGCAAAAUAUUUUUCAAUUGUGCCUUAAAAGCGGCCUUCUUAUAGAGAAGCACAAGUAUGUCUAAAUCUAUCUAUUUUAAAUUUAGUGUGGAUGUGAGCAUAAAAUUAAAAAUUAUAUACACGCGAAUUUAUCUUCGAUUAAAUAUUAUUUGAAGAGAAUUCCGCCUUCGACAACGAUUCGAUUUAAAUAAAAAUUAAAAAUUUUGAUCGAUUUCAAGCAUUAAGUCGCCGUUUAAUAAGAUUUUAACGUAUUUACGAACGAGUAAUUUUGUACGUAUGUUAAAAUAUGAACGGUUGACGAAUUAAUUUUAUCCAAUGUUAUCCGUGUUAUUCGUACCGAAGAGUACUUGUUAAAAUUUCAAGAAAUAUAAUCAAACGAACCAGAGGCGGUGUUUAUAAGUCUAAAAAAGUCAAGAUUCUUGUUAAAAUUUAAAAAGGACUCGAAAUUAAGCAAGCAAUAAAUUUUUCUCUAAAAAAAAAAAAGUGAUACAUUUCACGUUCAGGAUGUAACAAUAGAUUAUUAGUAUUAUCGUUAGAUUAAAGUCGAUAGAAAAUAAUAUUAAUAAAUCAAAAAAAAAAAAAAAAAA